GCGGAUUUGCUCGGCGGUAGGGCAGCGAAGAGGCCGCGAGACUCUGCGCUGCGAUCGUCCUCUGGACCAGAGCGAGUGGGCGGCCGCGACUCGGGCCCCACCAUGGCGGCGAACUAUUCCAGCACGGCUCCCAGAAGAGAGCACACCAAAACCAGCACCGCCGCACAGCCGGGCUUCCUGGAGCGGCUCAGCGAGACCUCCGGGGGGAUGUUCGUGGGGCUCGUGACCUUCCUGCUCUCCUUCUACUUAAUUUUCACCAACGAGGGCCGCGCACUGAAGACGGCGACCACGCUGGCUGAGGGGCUCUCGCUCGUGGUGACCCCCGAGAGCAUCCACACGGUGGCCCCGGAGAACGAAGGGAGGCUGGUGCACAUCAUCGGAGCCCUGCGGACGUCCAAGCUCUUGUCUGACCCAAACUAUGGGGUGCACCUGCCAGCCGUGAAGCUGCGGAGGCACGUGGAGAUGUACCAGUGGGUGGAGACUGAAGAGUCCAGGGAGUACACCGAGGACGGGCAGGUGAAGAAGGAGACGAGGUAUUCCUACAACACUGAAUGGAGGUCGGAAAUCAUCAGCAGCAAGAACUUCGACCGAGAAAUUGGCCACAAGAACCCCAGUGCCAUGGCGGUGGAGUCAUUCACAGCAACAGCCCCCUUCGUCCAAAUCGGCAGGUUUUUCCUCUCAGCAGGCCUCAUCGACAAGGUCAACAACUUCAAGCCGCUGAGCCUGGCCAAGCUGGAGGACCCCCACGUGGACAUCAUCCGCCGGGGAGACUUCUUCUACCACAGCGAAAACCCCAAGUACCCAGAGGUUGGAGACCUGCGUGUCAGCUUUUCCUAUGCGGGACUGAGCAGCGAUGACCCUGACCUGGGCCCCGCUCAUGUGGUCACUGUGAUUGCCCGGCAGAGGGGUGACCAGCUGGUCCCCUACUCCACCAAGUCUGGGGAUUCUCUGCUGCUCCUGCACCACGGGGACUUCUCGGCAGAGGAGGUGUUUCGUAGAGAACAGAAGAGCAACUCCUUGAAGACAUGGGGCCUCCGGGCCGCCGGCUGGAUGGCCAUGUUCAUGGGCCUCAACCUCAUGACGCGGAUCCUCUACACCCUGGUGGACUGGUUUCCUGUCUUCCGAGACCUGGUCAACAUUGGCCUGAAAGCCUUUGCCUUCUGCGUGGCCACGUCACUCACCCUGCUCACCGUGGCCGCCGGCUGGCUCUUCUACCGGCCCCUGUGGGCCCUCUUCAUCAGCUCCCUGGCCCUGGUGCCCCUCAUCAUAGCCCGGACGCGGGUGCCUGCCAAGAAGCUAGAGUGAAGCUGGAGCAGGCCCUGGCAUCUGCCUGGCCUGCACGAGCCUCAGGAUCCAGGAGGCCCCAGCCUCUGACCUGGCUCCACACCAGAGCAGGCCCCCAGCUCGGCUUGGCCUCUGCACUCCCUGCUCUUCUGAGAGCUGGCGUCCACCAGUUCCCCCUUUCCCCACCCCUGUUCUUGCCACUAAGCCGCUGUGCUGGGCAGAAGCAGCUCGCAUAUGGGGCCCUAGCAAGCAUUCUCCUGCUCCUUCCCUUCCCCUGGGACCGGGGGUGUGGCAGGUACGUGGUCCACUUCACUCACUCCAGAGACCCGCUGGGAGGGCUCAGCCCUACCAUCGCCUGUGUCUCGUCCCUGAGGACAGGAGCCAGGGCUGUGCCACUGCCAUGGGCAUCCAUCAUCCACACGGGGCCUUUACACACUGUUGCCACACAGUCCUGGGCUACCCAGCCAACUGAGCAGGUGCACCCAAAGCAGUCUAUGGACAGAACACACUGCAGGUGGCGCCGUGAGGAAGCUGACGUGGCUGGGCUGUGCACUCACCGCUCUGGUGGGAUCUCCUGGGUGUGCAGGACCACCCAGGCCCUGCGAAGGCUUCUCUGUUACUUUGCAACUUCACUUCUUCAUGUGCACUUUCUCACCCAAGAGGGACUUGUCUGAAAUAAGAUUUGAAAAAACCAAAGACUUCCAGAAUCACUAGCGUUUCAGACUGUUACAGAAAACACCUUUUAACCUGUGAGCUCAAGUUCACCCGGAGCACUGACAGGCAUUAAGCUGGGGUGCAACUUCAGUGGUGCGGGGUCCCUGCGACACACAUGAUGCUAUGGGGACAAGCUCUAGCAAAAUGGCUGGUUUUCACUCUGGGAGACCGGAAGCUCACAGGGUGGAGAAAGCACCUUCUUUGAUCCCUGCUACAGACACUAUCUUCGCCUGAAGACAGCCAUUGAAGGACGCUGACUGGAAGCUUCGUGUAGCCGGCUGCAUCACAGGGGCCCCCAGCCGGCCAGAAUCCAGAGCCAGAGGGCUGAGGCAUGCAUGGGAUGCCCACGCUGCCCUCUGCACCUUCCACAGUGGGAGUGCUUGGACCCAGGCACCCAGCCUCAGAGGCUGCUUCCGGCUGGAUUUCUGUGUUGUAUCCACAGCUUUACUCCCCAGUACAAUACACUCCCACUCAACUCAGCUUCCAAGUUUCCCAAAUUUCCCCAACGCUCUUAAGGAUAAAGUAUGCUGUAACCUUAACAUCCCAAAAAGUCCUCUGUGCAGCCUUUACCCCACCAAUACUGGGAGCGGGUGCUUUAGCAGCUGAUACUGGGGCUGAAUCAAAGGGGAGACCUUCUGAGCUGCUCUCGCGUCCUGGGCUCUGGUCUGUAAAUGGAGACCCUUUGUGUUAAAACAGCCACCCUCUGAGAUGACUCACCUGGUGGAGCAGUAUUCACUGCUGCUUAGUACCGACCAACUUCAUCAGAUCUCUCAACUCUCAAAGGAGAUUUCUGGAAAAGUUCUAACUAGAAGAUGGCUAAAUAUACAAUCUUUGGGGUCUGCUUUGUGUUUGGGUUUCUAUUUUUUAAUAUGGACUUCACUGCCAAUUUCAGAUGUUCUUAAAAAGCCAAAUUUUUAGAAUUUUAAGAGUUUGGAAAAUCUCUGUUAAAUCUGUAUUACCUUUGUUAUUUUUGAUAAAAUUUGGAAUAAACUUAUAGUAUCUUUUGGUAUAAGACCUUGCCACUUUUUUGGUCUUGGUGUUUUUUAUGAGGCUUUUUUUUCCCUGAAAUCUCUAGUAAAAGAAUUCAGCCACAGAAUUCAUCAAAAACUAUGGAUUUUUAGAACUGAGUUUUAAGUAGCUUUUCAGUGGUUAAAGCUAGGUUUCAGUUCUUUUAAAGAGGGCGACUCAAUAUUGCCAACACUUAAUAAAACUCACUUUG